AUGGAGAGCAAAAAAUCCAGUAAAUCCAAUGAAAGCUACAAGAACUUAGUCGACUGCUACUACUUGUUGUUAAAAAAGUUCAAAAGGAAGAGUUCUUAUGUAAUAGAUGAAUUCCUAAUAAAGGAGAAUAAAGAAAGUAACGGUAACUUAACAAUUUACGAGGAUGUGAACUCAGAAGCUUUCUGUUUUUUAAUUUUGUCAAUGAUUGAUUCCAACUAUGACUGCAUUAAUAAAAUUAAUAUUCUAAAUGUUCAAAAUGGAAAUGAUUUGAUAAAAGCAAUUUGCUUUUAUAUGGAUAAUGUAAAAAUCAGCGAACUUUUAAAAAAAAACACAAAAAAUGUUAGGAAAAAAAACGUAGACACAGAAAAAAAGAAUAAAAUGAAUUUAAAAAAAAAAAAAGCCCAGCUACAAAAAGAACCUGAAGAAGAACCAUCUGACGAAGUAGUUAUCAAAAACAUGUGUAAUAUAAAAUCAAUGAGCAUAUUCAACAGCAACAUAGAUAUAAACGGGAUAACACUUCUUUCAAAAAGUUUAUAUGAUAAUGGUUACCCAAAGCUAGAAAAUUUAUCCAUAGAUUGUAUUGAUCUAAACUGUCAUUGCCUUAAAUACCUAUCCCUAUCAUUGUGUAACUAUAAUAAUUUAAAAACCCUAAGUUUUCAAUACUGUAACUUGAGUAACGAUUGUAUUAAAUAUAUAAUAGACAUAAUAAUAUAUUUAAACUCUUCUUUAUCUACUUUAAAUUUAAGUGGAAAUAAAUUUAAUGAUGAAGGAAUCUUUUUACUAAACAAUUCCUUAAACAAUGUUGACGUUUCUUAUAAUAUGUUCAAUUUAAGUGACUCAUUUGUUCAAACGUUUUGCAAAAUUAUAGCUAGCCAAACAAACAUUUCCAGCAUAUCAUUAAUCGGAAAUUUCCUGGAAAACGCCAAUUUGUCUAAAAUAAAUGAUGCUAUGAAUUUUAAUAAAUCAAUUUCUAUUUUAAAACUACCUCACGAGUAA